AAACACAGAGCUCAUUACUUUCACAACUCACACACACACGCAGAGAUCACAACCAUGGCGCAAACACUGGCAAUGCCUCUGGCACCCUCCCUCUCUGUAAUCUGCAAUGGAAGGAACCUUAAUCCCCUCUCCAACACCCUCUCCUUCCCAAUCAGACCCCCCAAUCAGGUUGGCGGCUUGAGCAUCAAAUGCGUGCGUGUUGGCGGAGUUGAAAUCCCCAACAACAAAAGGGUCGAGUACUCUCUUCAGUACGUUCAUGGAAUUGGGCGUACCAGGGCGCGAACAAUCCUAAUCGACCUCAACAUGGAGAACAAAAUCACCAAAGAUUUGUCGGAAGAAGAACUCACCAUUAUCCGAGAUGAAGUCUCCAAGUACAUGAUUGAAGGAGAUUUGAGGAGGUUCAAUGCCUUGAAUAUAAGGAGACUCAAGGAGAUUCAGUGCUACAGAGGCAUACGCCACAGUCAGGGAUUGCCUUGCAGAGGACAGCGCACCAAGAACAACACUAGGACUCUGAAGGGUAAGAGGGUCACAGUUGCUGGAAAGAAAAAGGCCCGUUAGGUAAUCGAAUGGGUUUUCGAUUCCUUUUGUAAUUGGUAAUGAAUUCCAUUGUCUGGAUUUAUGCUUUAGUAUUAAUACAAUUGUUCUCAUCGCGUUUGGUUGAUCGAGUUGUGUUCUCGCCUUUGGAAAUGUAGUUUGGAUCAUCAAUGCAUAUUGAGCAUUUUGUCA